AUGUCGUCCCCCGCCGUUGGCAAAGCACCACCCAAGCUGGGAUCCAAGGCUGGAACUCCUCUCAAGACUCGCAAGGGUUCCGGAUCCAGCGCUGCCUCAAAGCCAAGUGUCUCUGAAAGCCCCAAGCAAUUGAAGAAAACACCUACCCGCAAGCUCACACCCAAGGCGCCCAAGCCUAUCGAAGACAACUUUGACGAGCAAUCCCUUCCCGCAACCCCAUCGCCCAAGUCGAAGAAGAAGUCUCUAUCCUCAGAGCAACGUCUCCCCGUCUCCCCUCCAGAUGAUGCCGCCUCUCAGGCUUCCGGCUCGGCAGCCCCGCUUGGCGGCAUCGCAGGCAAAGCCAAGGGUCUUGCUGGCAAGGCCAAGGAUACCGCGCAACAAGGUGUAUCGAAGGCUACGGACAGCCUGCCUAGCAUUCCCCUCGACCUAUCCGCAUUGAAGGGUCUCGUUGUCUCUGAUGGAGGAAAGAUUCUCGGCCAGGAUGGGAACCCCCUGGGCGAGGUUGUCGAGGGAGAGCCUGACGACCUUGUCGGCCAGACUGUCGGCGAGGACGGAGAAAUCAUUGACGAAGAAGGUGACCUCAUUGGUCGCGUCGAUGUUCUCGAAGGCGCAGUUGAUCAAGCCAAGGACCUUCCCAAUGGAGCCGAGUCUAAGCUUGACAUUGCGAAGGACGUGGUCACCGAUCUGUCUCAGCUUGAGGGUCUGCCCGUUUCUGACGGUGGCGUGAUCAGGAAUGCUGCCGGUCAAGUCGUUGGCAAGAUCACCGAGGGUGAUCCUGAAGAUCUCAUUGGCUUCACACUCAAUGAUGACGGUGAAGUUGUCGAUGAUGAAGGCGAUGCCAUCGGUCGCGUCGAGCUCAUCCCUAUCGAGGAGCAGAAGAAGGCUAUCGAAGAAGUCGCCGGCGAUGCCACAUCUCAAAUUGAUGGCGCAAAGGAUGAUCUUGAGGAUGAUUUUGAAGACGCCCAAGAUGGCCUGGAUGCCGAUGAUGCCACAGGUGCUGUCGACGAUGUUGCUAGCGAAGCUGAGGGUGCCGUUGAUGGCAUUCAGGAUGAAGCGGAUGAUGCUGUUCCAGAUACCGAAGAGGCUCAGGAUGUCGCCGAUGACCAACUCAACAGUGUCAAGGAUACAGCAGAAGACGCUGCCGAGCAAGCCGAAGACGCAGUUCCUGAUGUUGAUGAAUACGCUCUUCCGGAUGCCGAUGAGGCCAAGGAGACUGCAGAGGGUGCGCUUGACGACGCCCAAGAAACCGCCGAGGAUGCCGUCGACGAUGCCAAGGAGACCGCGGAAGAUGCCGCCGAGGACGCCAAUCUGCGCAUCCCUGAUCUCGAUACUCUGGAAGGUCUGACCUGCAACAAGCGUGGUUAUGUCAUCGAUAAGGCCACUGGCAAGCCCGUCGGUGAGCUUGUCGAAGGCGACCCCAAGAAGAUCUCACGCCUCGGCGCUGUCCUCGAUGAACAAGGUCAAUUCUGGGACAACCGUGGCAAUGUCAUUGGUAAAGUCAAGGCUCUUCCAGUCGAAGAUGGCAAUGACGAGGAAGGUCCUUUCGCUGGUCUUGAGGGCCUUGUCGUCGGCCAAGAUGGUUGGAUCGAAGAUGAAAAUGAGACUCGCGUCGGCAGACUCGUCGAAGGCGACCCUAAGAAGCUUCUGGGUCGCGGAGUCGACGAGGAUGGUGAAGUUCUCGAUCGCCACGGCAGUGUCAUCGGUCGCGCUGAGCGCUAUGACGAGCCUGAGCCCGAGGAGGAAGCUGUCCCCGAUAUCUCUGUCCUGAACGGUAUGCACUGCAACAAGGCUGGAUAUGUCAUCGGCUCCGAAGGUUUCCCCAUUGCUCGUGUGGUUGAAGGAAACCCCAAAGAGCUUGUUGGCAAGAAAAUCCACGACGGCGAAAUCUACGAUGGCAAGAACGUCGUCGGUCGCGUUGAGCUGAUUCCCGAGGAGGAGCUUGAGAGCAAGCCCGAGGGCCCAUUCGCCGGCAUGGAGAGCCUCGUCGUCCGCAAGGAUGGUUUCGUCGAAGAUGAGGAUGGAACUAUCGUUGGUCAGCUCGUUGAAGGCGACCCGAAGAAACUGCGUGGUCGUGCUGUUGACGAGGAUGGCGAGAUCACCGACAAAUAUGGCAACGUCAAGGGUCGUGCUGAGCCAUAUGAGCCUGAAGAAGAGGAGGAACCCGAAGAAGCAGAUCUGUCUAUCCUCGAAGGCAAAGUUGUUAACAAAAGCGGCAACGUUGUUGACCCCGCCACUGGUGCUGUCUUCGGACGCAUCGUCGAAGGUGACAAGCGUCUUGCCGGUCGCAAGGUUGAUGGCAAGGGACAAAUCUGGGGUGACAACGGUCAAGUUGUUGGUCGUGCAGAGCUCAUCCCCGGAGCCGAGCAGCACAAGGCCGAGGGUCCAUUCUUCGGAUUUGAUAACGCUCAGGUCGCGAAGGAUGGCGUUGUCAUGGACGGGGACCGUAUUAUCGGACGUCUUGUUGAAGGAGAUGCGAAACGCCUCCUAGGCCGUAAGGUCGAUGAAGACGGCGAUGUUCUCGACAAGAACGGAAACUCCAUUGGCAGGGCUGAGCGUUGGGAGCCGGAAGAGAAGCAGCGCGACGUCAACCCCAUGGCUGGUCGCAAGGUCACCAAAGAGGGCGAGGUUCGCGAUGCUGAUGGCAACCUCAUUGGCAAGCUAACUAGUGGAAAUCUGGCCACUCUUGUUGGAAAGAAGAUUGACGACAAUGGAUUUGUUGUUGACAACGAUGGCAACAAACUGGGUGAAUGCACUCUGUUGGAGCACAUCCCCGAGCCUGAGCCAGAGGAAGAGGUGGAAGAGGAGGGUCCAAGUGCUGAAGAGCUCGAAGCACAAGCCAAGGCUGAGCAAGAUCGUCAGCUCGCCGAGAAGAUGUGUAACAUCCUGCGUCAAACCCUCGACCAAGUGAAGCCAGUCUGCAAGCAGAUCUCUGAGCAACUUGAGAAGGCCGACCGAACCCCCAAGGACGAGCUCGACGAAGAGAAGCUCGUCCAAGCUGUCAAGCCUCUUAUUGAGCAAGCUGGUCAUAUCCUUCAAGAAUGCAAUGGUGCAAUCCGGGCCCUUGACCCCGAUGGACGUAUCGCUGCAACUGCGAAGGCUCGUGCCUCUUCUCGCGAUGCUACUCCUGAGGAAUACCAGCUCGCCGAUAUGCUCAAGGAGUUGACCGAAACCGUUGUCAAGACCAUCGACAACGGCAAGAAGCGCAUUGCUGACAUGCCCCAUGCCAAGAAGAAGUUGAACCCUCUCUGGGCUCUGCUCUCUGAACCUUUGUUCCAAAUCAUUGCUGCUGUUGGUCUUCUUCUGAGUGGUGUUCUUGGUCUUGUAGGCAAGCUUCUGGAUGGUCUUGGUCUCGGUGGUCUCCUGAACGGCCUCCUUGGUGGACUUGGAUUGGACAAGCUAAUCAACGGCCUUGGUCUGGGAAGUCUGACAGAUGCACUUGGUCUUGGUGGAAACAAGAAAUGA